UAUCUUCACGAGGGCAUCCUGCAUAUACCAGGUGAAUAUUUACUGAUGUGCUAAUGUAAUAAUGACCUAUCUGCCUCUGCUCCUCUCUGGGGUACUUUCUAUCUAUAGGGAUGGGAAUUAAUGACAGUCUCUGUGCUGCCUGAUGUCAGAGCCGAGAAAGGUGUGAAGGGUAUAUAAGAGCUGUAUUACUUGUCAGCAAGGAAGGGGGAAAAAGGAUACUCCAGAGCUAGAUGCAAGCGUGGAAUUGUUGCAUGCACCCUUCUUGCUAACACGGGCGUGCUUUUUCCGUUAGCUCCCUGACCACUAAAAGAAAGUUUGGAAGCAAAGAUGUGCAACCUAAAGCUGUCAGUUUUCUUCAUUGCACUUUCUGUCACUCUGAGCUGUUUGGAAGCUACACCUAUUGAGAAAUUACUAUCUGUGGCUGAUGAUCUAUCUGAUGGUACUUCCAAGAGACAAGGAUGGAUAUUGCCAGUAAUGUCACGGAAUACACUCUCAGGACUUACUGAGGAAAUGCCAGAACAACCAGCAGCAAAGACAAAAAGUAGUCACCACCUAGAGAAACGGAAAUGCAACACUGCUACAUGUGUGACACAACGCUUGGCUGAUUUUUUAGUUCGUUCCAGCAACAACAUCGGAGCAAUUUAUUCACCUACGAAUGUGGGGUCCAAUACAUAUGGAAAGAGGGACACAGUUGGGCUUUUAAGCAGAGAACCCCAAAACAAUGCACAGCUUUAG